AUGAGUAAUCUACUUCUGACUGCUGCUGUACGAGGCUUAACAUCUUCAAUAACAUUGGGCACUGUUAUUCUUGAACUGCUCCAUCUUAAAAAUUUACUAGAUGUCAAUUUUUCCAAUGCUUCAAUAGAGUUACUCACGAGUCACCCUUCAGCAUUCUACAUCCGUCAAGAUAGAAAGAAUAAAUCCAAAACGGUCAAUGUGUUUAAUGGUGCAGGUGAGCAGGUUUAUACGUUUGAACGACUUUCUUCGCUGAAUCCAGUUUGGAGAAUGCUUACUUUCCCACAACGACAAGAAAUUGCCACGAUUAAGAUUUCAUUUGGCGAAAGGUCGAUCAAUUUCCAUAAUAAGCCCCGAUUGAACCACAGAAGGACAUUCUGCGACUGGAAUUUGAAAGGCAGACAUCGGUCAUUCUAUUUAAAUGAUGGUGCAAAAUAUUCGUGGAGUUCUUCAAACAAAUAUUUAGAGAGAAUUAUCAAUCCUAACGGCGGAUUGGAAGAACAAAGAGUCAGAAUUGCUAAAGUAAAAUUAAUGAGACAGUUCAAAUUGGAUUUCGAAGUUUUGGUUGAUGAAACAAAGAUUGAUGCUGAUUUGGUUUUGGCUACUGCGUUUAUAUCUAUUUUCACACAAUGGGGGUUUGGCAAUUUUACAGAUACUGUUGGUGCUACUUAUGUACCAAAAGCUUCUGAAGAAACUCCAAAACAAUAA